GAUGCGAAUAGCCCAUUGUAGAAGCGCAAAGCGCGGAACGCGAGUGCUACAACACAGUGAUCGUACUAGUCCAAACAUCUUUUAUAUUUUUCUACUUUUAUAUAUCUAAUUGUAUAGUUUCGUUAUUUUUAUUACUUAGAAGUUUAUAUUUUCUCAUCGUUCGAUACGCUUCUGAUUUGUAUAUUGGCUAUAAGAAACUCACAAGAACUGAACAAAAAAACACGUACCUUAAUUUCACAAAGAAACGGAAUAGAAGCAAAAGAAAAGCAACCAUUAGAAAAGAAAAGUGAAUCAAUGCGUUUAUAAAUAUUUCCAAUAGUUGAACUUGAAGUUGAAGAUUUACACAUUUCCAGAAUGCAUAUUGAAGUUCAAGUAGCUCUGAAUUUCGUAAUUUCGUACCUGUACAACAAACUACCAAGGAGACGUGUCAACAUCUUCGGUGAGGAAUUAGAAAAGGCUUUAAAAGAAAAAUUCCAAGGUCACUGGUAUCCAGACAAACCCUACAAAGGUUCAGCUUUCAGAUGCUUGAAGACAGGUGAUCCAAUUGACAAGGUUCUAGAAAGAGCUGCCAGAGAAAGUGGAGUACCUAUCACUGAUAUUUUAGAAAAUCUACCACAAGAAUUGGCCGUUUGGGUAGACCCCGGUGAAGUGAGUUAUCGUAUUGGAGAAAAGGGCGCCGUUAAGAUCCUUUUCAGCGACAAAGGCGAUCCGCAAGAUGAACAUUCUGCCGACAGAGAAGUUACGAAAACCUUCAACCCUGAAGCCCAGUGUUUCAGGCCGAUCGAAUGUGUUACAUCAACCAUGAAUAAUUUGAGCAUCUCUCCUAAGACCCUCACCCCCUUCUCGACAAAUAAUACACAGAAUAACGUCGUAGGGUCUCAACUACACCAACAGAUACCAAUACCACAGCACAACGGAAAUCCUGCACCACCAACUACUAAUAUAAACCACUUGUCAUCACCUUCGUUGGCACCUUCACCAACUUUAAACACUUCCUACAAGGGUUCCCCAUCGCCUGUACCAGCUUUUAUACCAAGAACUACUACACCUCUUACGUUUACUACCGCUACUUUUGCUCAAACGAAAUUCGGUAGUACCAAAUUGAAGACCAGUAGCAAAAGAGCUAAUAGAAUGUCUCCCACCGAAUUCUCCAAUUACAUUAAACAAAGAGCGAUGCAGCAACAACUCCACCAACAGCCACCACACCAUUCUCCAGCGGGUCGCGCGCUUUCUCCCGAUCCCUCAACAUAUUACUAUCCACAUGGUCAUUAUCCUCCUCAGUUCCCGCCUCGUUCCGUAUUCGAGUCUUCCAACCAAUAUCUAAGUCCCGAUGUAUACUCUGGAAAGGUUCCAUAUGAACACUCGACUCCUUUGGGUCCAUAUUAUCCAAACAAUGGACCGGUAGGAGCUACCCAGUCCGCUCCUACCACUCCACAGGACAAUGGAAAAUUGAUAGACAACAACUGGCCGUACCCUACUGCUGGACAAUACCAGCAUUUGUUGGUGGCUAAUUGAGGGGCUUCUUAGACAAGGGAACUUUUUCUAAAUGAUAGUUUUGUACGCUUGAGGGGAGUAAGAUAUUUAACCGCUAUUAAAACUAACUACCAAAAGAUUUCCCUGUUAAAUCUUAUUAUUUAAUGGCAUUAAAUACAAGAUUUGAACAGUGUAAGGAGAUUAGUCGUUGUUUUUUGAAGUCAUUAGAAAUAUAUUUCUAUUGUAAAUCACUCAAAUUAAAUUUUCUUUUCUUUGUACUACAUCCUGUAGACAAUGGAAUAAUUAUGCAUCAAUAUUGAAUAGACAAUCUUUUAGAUGUAACUAGUAAUAAUAUAUCUGUUCAGAAAAGUGACUGAUAUGCUACCACUUGAAUGUCUUGCUUAACCCCCCAAGUUGAAUUACUUUUCCUUACUACUGCAUUUCUCAAACCUAGUGUGAUAGUAAAAUGGUAAAAACCGAAAUUAUUACUUGGUUAAAUUUAAAUGGGUUAAAAAAAAUGUUAAUGUUGAUAAAAAUGACUAGUACCUUCACUAAAUCAACCCAUGAUAUUGUCUGUGAACUAAUACUUUUUUCUCAGUGUGCGAAUGAUUCUUAUAAUUCACUUUUAAUUUAUCCAUCAGUAGUUGUACCACAAUGUAGAUAAUUAGUUAUGAGAAACUAACCAAAAUUAAUUCUUGCAAGUUGUUUAUAACAUUACAAAAAAGAUUACUUAGAAAUAAUUACCAGUUUUUCAAACAAGGGAGAAUCUUUAUAUGAAGAAAAUGUACAAAAUAAAGAAAACCAUCUGUAAAUAUUAGUCAACAUUGCAAAUGAAAAAAUUUGGAUAUGAUUUUUUAAGUACUUGUUUAAUAAAAGUUCCUAUUUCUUUAAAUAAAAUUCAAUUACUCCACACAGCUAAAAUAACUAGAGAAUGGUAUAGUUAAUUGUAUAUAUAAAUAAUAAUAGUUUAAGAAUGUGUCGAUAUUGGGAAUUCCUUCCAUUUUUAUGGAUUAGUUAGGAUCUCUCUAAUAAAUAAUUUGUACAUAAUAACAAGUAUAAUUUAUAUUUUUUGUACCGAUGUCUUAACUACAGUUAGUCACUUUUCUAUUUUUGAUACUGUAUAAUCUUAAGUGUAUUACGUUCUAAUUUGGACGAAACUAGUUGAAAAUGAAAGCUUUUGAUGAAAAUAGCACUUUCGCUAAAAAUACAUAUAUCCUACUGAAAAAAGAAUAACAUGAAAAUAAUUCUAUUAAUAAAAGUAUCUGAAUAAAAACUACACGAACUUGAUAAAUUCAAAGUUAAAGACUAUUCUAUUGUCUGAAAGUUAAUCUAUCAUCGCACGUAUGCAGCUGAAUUUCAGCCUAACCUUAAAGAUACUGUCAGUUCAAUAUAUUUGUUUUCCUGCAACAUUGAUUUAGCUGGAAUAUACUUUAACUUUAUAAUUUUCUCAUUUGUUUUGGAUUCUAUAAUAUUCCUCAACACUUGUUAUUUGUGCACGUACAUCUGUGCAUUUUACAUUACAUUUUUCCUUUUUAUUUUCAUUACUAUCUUGAAUUUAUAACUUUGUUGACGUGUCAAAUAACAGUUUAGGGACCGAUCGGAUGUAAAUUUUCAAAAUUCGUUCGUGGUUCAAUGACUUCACCACUUGCGUGCGCGAUGGGUCUUUAAACUAAUUAGCCAACAAAGCUUAUAUUUGACUUUCCACAGCUGUCAUUAUAUUUUCAUCUGUCAUCUUGUACUUGCCUACGUUCACGACAUUAACACAUUAAACGAAGGUUCAUUUAUAAUUAAUCCUAUUAUUUUGACAAAUACUAAAGUUUUAUAGAAAAGUUUCUGUUGUUCUAUGUAAAGUAGGGUAUGCUGUAGAUAUUCCGCACGUUUUCCAUCACAUAUAUUAUUCAAGACAACUUAAUAUAUAUAUAUAUAUAUAUAUAUAUAUAUAUAUAUAUAUAUAUAUAUAUAUAUAUAUAUAUAUAUAUAUAUGCAAGUAAUGAUUUUGAAAAAAAGAAGAAUAUAAAAUCGAGUAAUAAGUAAGGAAAAGUAUACUCAAGUACAAUACUAUGCUUUAUACCUACCUUAUAUAUUAUAAGAAUUAUUAAAAGAAAAAGUUUCCCAACAUUGAUUUAAGAAUAAAGGAGAUGAUUUUUAUAAAUCAGUAGUCACGUAGGUUAUAGGUGUUUCUUACUUCAUAAAAAAAAUGGUGUUUACAGUAUUCUUGUAGACUAGAGUGUUUCCUAAAUUUUUUAUAUUGUAUGUAUUUUUUUAUUUUUGUAUGAAAAGCUCAAGCUGUCAUCUAGUCCCAUGAUAAAUGUUUUUAAUAAGUGUUGGCAUAUCAUGAUGGAAAUUAAAAUACCAUAAAAUAUACUAAUGUUAGUUAGGAAGCAGUUUACACAAAUUGGCCAGCGUCGCAGAGAUAGUUCUUCCAUAAUAUGCAAUAAUACUCUGAUUUAGAGAUACGAUUUUGUGAUAUUCCAAAUAAAUAGUACAUUUUUAUAAAUGUAGUAGCUACCAGAGAACAUAGUAGAUUUACUAGCUAGAAGACAAGACGUUUUCAAUAAUUUUAUUCCAAUAAUUUCAAUUAUUAUUGAUAACAGUAAGUUCACUAUAAUUAUAGGCUAAAUAGAGAGGCAAGUAUAUAAAUCUAAAAGAGAAAAUAAUACUGAUAAUAGACUAAAAAGUCCUAACGUCAUCAAUUAUUAUUUUGUUUUCUAUCUUAUUAGUUUGAUUGCCAAAUGUCCUCAAGUUUUUUGAGUGUUUCGUUAUAUAUAUGUCACUAAAGUAACAACGAACACUCCAUACCCUCACUUUGUUCUCACAACCAUUUCAAUUAUACACAAACACACAUACAUGCACGCGUGAGAAAGCCCGUUACGUUAGUCAUACAACCUCGUACCAAAUCUAAAGAUGGAUGGAAGUUCAAAUAUAGAUUUUACUUGGUAGUUUUUUUUUAAUUAACAAAAAAUACAUGUAAACUAUUUUAUUAUGGAGCAACCCAGUAUUAUAAAUGUAUAUGACGCCCCUUUUUCCCACGGAUUUAUUUUAUACAAGUUUUCUAAAACACACGUUAUUACGUACUAGAUUCUACUAACUUCAAAAAAGACAUAAGUCAAAUUCUUCUUUUUCUGUUUACCACAGAAUUAUGGUUAAUAAGAGAAUCAUUACACUUAGUAAAAAAAGAAAAAAAACUCUAGACAACCAAGAAAUCCUUACAUAAUUUGGAUUUACUUUGCGCUCAAAUAAAUUCCAAAUCCCAUCUAGGGUUUUCCUACUAUUAAGAGUUAUUGUUUCCAGUAUUGUAGCCAAAUAUUGCAGUAAAAAUAUUAACUGUUUAGAAGAAUUUGCUUUAAGAAUGUGAUAUGUAUGGUAAAUUGGAUGAAUCUAUUUCAAACUUGGAUGAUUUUCUGUUAUCUAUAAUAAUUAUAUAUAUUUAACAGGUCUGAAAUUAAAUUAUGAUAAUAUUUUUCUACUAUAAUUCAGAUAUAAUAAAAUGACUUGUCGUCUGGCUUUUAAAAGCUAGCGAAUUUUGUGUGGACAUGGCUUCUCUAUGAAUAUAUUGUUCAGUAUUGCAUGCUGAGGCAACCCGAUGGGUUCUAGAUGCUUCCUUUUCUCAAAUUAAGGAGAUAUGUAUGUGCUAUUUUUUACUGCUUGAUUUUUGUUACUUUUUCACUGAUGUUUAUUUUUUAUUUGUAUAAAAUUGUUGACUUAAUAUAAUAUAUAUUUUGUUAUGAGUCGAUAGUUUGAUUGCACUAUAUUCAUUUAUUUAUUCAUUAUGCGUACCUGAAAUUGUUACAAUAUCAUUAUAAAUCAAUUGCUACCAAACUAGCUAAUUUAUAAUUAAUUAUAAGUACACAUUUUUUCAACGAAAAAUCAAAAUUCAACUAACAAAACGCUUACUGUCCUAGCAUUUACCUUUACAAAUUCAUAUCACGACCCACCUACCUUACAUCCCUUCUUAAUAAUUCGAAGUAAUUAAAAAAAUGCCCCAAAAACUAGUAGCAACCAAUCAUUGUUAUUUUUAAUUAAUUAAAUAAUUCAUAUGCUAAAGAAUAUUAGACAUCGUUUAUCAUCAUCAAUGCCGGUAUUCUCAAGUCCUCGCUUGGAGCGAUAUCGAUGUCGUUGAAUACGAGGAAAUCAAAUACAUUGUUGUCUCGAUUCUCAUGCCCUCCAGGGCACGCUCCCGUCAAAGAGAUUGCUUCAUUUCACUCACUUCCUAAUACAAUUCUAACCUAUCAUUUUUGAAAUAUUUUAAAAAUUAUAACUGUACAUACAUGAUUUAUAAUUGUAGUAAUGGAUAAUCUUACGUAUAUUGGACUGCUGAAAGAACUAGGAGAAGCUGAAGAAAUUGUUGCUCAUAAUAAGCUACUAUUAAAAAAUUGUAUCAAGUUAGAAUAGAAUUCUUUGCGAUUAAUUGAUAGCACAAGUACAGAACUAGAAACUAUAUUGACAAAAUACGGUUAUUGCCCCUAAAAUAAUUUCCUCGCCACAAAAGACCGCAGUCAUUCAUGAUAUCUGUUAAAGAAAAAACAAACUUUUGGAGCAAAAAAUAAAUUUUACAUAUCAUAGAUUGUUUGUGUUUAUAAAUUUUUUUUUACUAUUUUCCAACCCUCAAAUUUCCCAAAGUCCUUUACUAUUUGAUGAAGUUGUAAAUCGGUAAAUGUACCUAGGUCUUACAAAUAUGAAAAUUUGAAUAAAAAAUUUUCAAUAAUGUGAUUAAUGCUUUACGAUAUCACUAAAAGUGGUAUAAAAAUUUAUGAUGGUGAUAUUCGUGCAAAUAAUGUUGAUAUGAAAACAAAUCAGGAAGAAGUAGUUAAACUACUCGGCACUGCAUGUUUGAUUUGCAUGUUAUUUGCAAAAAAAUCUUGUAAAGGUGUGAACUUGAAUGGCAAAAGUCAUCUUUUUGACCAUUUAACCUCAAAUGAUUGAAUCAUAUUAAUAAUUUCAUUAAAUGAGCACAUUUUUCUCACCCAAACCAGCAGCUACCACUUAUAACAAAGAAGAAUUUAUCUAUGCCAGAUAUUGUAGUAACUUCUCUAAAAUUGAAAUAUAAAUAGGCAAUUUCUUCGACUUUAGAUGUAGGUUGUGUACUACAUUCAUAGAGAUUAAAUUAUAUUAUUAUACUUUAUAAAUCUUAUUCUACAAGUAUCUAUAGGAAAACGAGGGUUUCAUUCAGUACGGUACUUAUAUCAUCAUUUAUACAAACAAUUCUAUGCAAAUAUAAAAUUGAAUCAUAAUAAUUUGGUCAUAAAGCAAGCGGCCAAACUGUUGCAGUUAGUAGAAUAUUUAGAGCUAAUAAUAUACUGAAAUAGAAUCACGAAAUCGUUAAAAAAACCCGAAGAAUACUUGAAAUGAUUAUUUUUUUAAGCAUAAGCUUUUGGUUAAAUGGUCAAGAAAGCAUGUCACUCACCCCUCUCGAAAAAAAAAUACGAUUUACCUUCAUGUACGUAGUGAAAAAUCGACUGUAGUGUGUAGUUGUAUACUUUCUGAAUAUUUAGCACAAUUUGGUAUAGUAGUGAAUUUUUUGAAAAUAAAUACACUUAAGAGAGUUACUAGAUAGGUGAUAAAAUAAAUUCGUUAAUAAUUUGCCAUUUUUGUGAUAAAGAGUUCGGAUAUUUUUAAUAUUAGCAAUUCCACUAUUAAUUAUAAUAAAUUCCUAACCUAACUUUACGAGUUCAAGAAAACGCAGUCUUCUGAUAUAAUCAGUUAUUUUCCACCAUUUAAAUUUGAGAUAUUCGAGUAUAUCCAAGUGGUGUUAUAUUGUUUCAGAAAUAAAAUAGAUAUUUUAGUAGAUGGGAAUUGAAAUGAAAAUUAUUUUUAUCGUAUGAAACAAAUAACAACGCAUUUUUCUAUGGAAAAAUUCUGUCAUCAGUAUUUCAAAACAGAUUUGGAAAAAAACUUGAUUAAAAAUGCUUUAUCACGUGAAACUACAAAAAAAUAUGUCUUCUCAUUGAAAUGUUUCAUUAUGUUACUAAAUCUUGUUUGAAGUUACAUGGAAAUUUAACAUUUUGGGCUCUUUAGAAUGAAUUUGGCAAGUUUGAAAUGAAACAACUAUAUCUCCCUCCAAGUGAUAAAAAGUAUUUUUUUAAGCUUAAAAAAACGCUGAGAGGGCUAUGAUAUACAUAUAAAAAUGUCUACCAACAAUGUAACUUAUAAGAUAUAUUCGCCAAUGGUGUAAAGAUUACCUGUGAAAAGACAAUUGGUGUUUUUGAGAUGUUAAUUGGUUUUUGGAAAAAAAGCUUUAAUUUUAUGGAAGCGCAAUUAUCAAAAAGUUUCAUCAGUCAAAGUUUACUGAUUUUGUGGGAAUGUACGUGGGGCUAAUAAAAGAUAAUGUAAAAAUUUAAUAUCUAAUACAUUAUAGUACAGGUUAUGGAAAUAAUUGGUAAAAUAAAUGAAAAUAAUAUUGAGGUUAAACAAAGGAAAAUUGUGAAAGGUUGAAAUUAUCGACAAUACAUUCUUGUAUUUGGGAGGAAAAAACAUCUGCUUCAAGGAAUUGUUGAAACAAAAGACUUUGUUGCCACUCAUUUUGUUAAAAAUAAGAAUUAUUUAGCUAAGUGAGGUAAGACCAGAGUAAAUUAAAUUAAAGUAUUUUAAAGAAUAAACACUACCACUAUGGUAUGAAGAGAAUAAUAGAAAUUAAUUUAAUUUUAUACUAUUUAAAUUAAAAUUCACUAGAAUGAUAUUAAAAAACUUUGUUAUAUAGAACUACUGUUACCAUAGAUUUUCAAAAAUAAAGUUGUUAAAAAUUAAGGGAUAAAAAUUUUCAAUAACGAUAUUUUUCUUACAAUAUAAUUACUCAAAUUCUUUUUUUAAUUACACUAUCUUUUAUUUCCAAGCAUUGAAUCAAAAUUCAAUGAUUUCAAGUAAUCAACAGACUUUAAUGUCAUAUAAACCACAGAUCACCUACAUUUAGAUGAUAAAUAACUGUUAUUUGUCUUGGCGCUAUCUACGGUUAAAAACUUUAACUACAAAUUAUGGUGGUUAAUUUAUAAAUAUCUAUAAAUGAUAAAUUUCAAAUUUAUCUUAUUUGCUCGAAAUAGGUCUCAAAGUAUUAGAUUUUUGAGGUAUAUUAUUACAAAAUGAUGGAAUUUUGAGUUCUAAAAUAUGUUUGGAAAUUUAAUAAUAUACAAUUUUCUCUAUUGUUUCUUCGUUUCCCUCAUUUCCCCUAUCUUAUAUUCCUUUUAUUAUUAGAUUUUUUUUCUUCAUUUCUCUUGCUUUGGUUCUGUAUUUUCUUGUUUUGUUUCUAUCAACUCAUCCAUCUAGAACCAGGAUAUACGUAAAAUAAAAAUAUUCACAUUUUUGCCAGUUUUAUUUCUGUUUAUACUCACAGACCCAUUAACAGCUCUAAACGAGAAAUUAACGUAACCUUGAGAUAUCUACGUGAACCGUCUAUAGAUUAGGUGGUUUGUGAUAAAAGCAUUUUAGUAGGUAGCACUGUUGCCGGAUCAUUUUAUUUAUUUAUUUUUCCAAAGUAUUUUAAAUACGUACUCAAGUAUUUUAAAAAAAAAUAAAUUAGAUGAUAUUUGCAUUGUCUUUAAAGUGCUACCACUAUAUAAAAAUGUUUUGAAAUAAUAUUAUGUGUUAUGACGGAUGUUAUUUUUUGAAUUGUGCGGUAGUGUAUACUAAGGAUAUCUCCUAUUAUUGAAAACCAUUUUAAUAUCUUGAUAGAUCUAUCAGUCGCAAAGCUACACAAUGUACAUGAUUCAUACUAUAGAUUACUGAUUUAUUUUAUAUACUUGCUUGUAAGUACAUGCAUUUUAUCAAAUAUUUGUAUAUAUUCCUAUAGUUAUGAAGAAAACUAAUUAUUCUUUACAUUCGUGUAAUCUUGUAAUCGAAACGUACUAGAUAUACAGUGUAGAACAUUUUUAUAUAGAUUAAUUUAAUAACAAAUAGGAUUUGUCUAUAAAUCAGGGAUUACAGUUCAGGAAUAUUACAUGCACUUGUUAACAAUGGUUUUACAUGUGAAAAAAUAAACAUGGCAACAUUCCUUCUCAUCUGACGAGUUGAAUGACUUCUCAAGAAAGAUACAAGUUAGAAAAUCAUAUUAUAUAUAUAUAUAUAUAUAUAUAUAUAUAUAUAUAUA